AUGCUUUUGGAAAAUUGUGCUCAUGACACCGCCAGCUUCAGCUCCAUGCAUGUCUUGUUGAGAUUCAUGGAUUGGUUUCCUCUCAUAGCCUCCGCGGCUUUGUGGUUCCAGCGCGCCACGCGCGCCAUGGAGGCCCUUCCACAGGGAAGUGUGCCCUUCCGGCGUUUGUCGGCGCCGACAUCGCGAGUGGCCAGCGAGUGGCCGGACUUCGAGGCAAAUGCUCCAGGCAGCUGGAAGAUCGACUUCUGCAGCCGACUUGGGCUCGGGCUCAGCGGGCUCGGCCUGAUCCGUCGAGUGAUCCGACGGAGCCGUCCGGUGAUCCGACGGGUGCGGAAGGCCAAGGCAGUACAGCUGGAGGAGGACGAGGAUCCCUUGGACUACGAGGAUGAUCCCAACUAUGAGGGCCCAUGGCAACAUGCCUUGUCGCUCCUGCAAGCCAUGCAGGCCAGAAGACUUCAGCUGGGGGAGAUCAAUGUGGGUUCUGCUGUUCAAGCCUGUUUGGCUGUGAGAACUUCUCCGUCUCCACUUUCCAGCAGAUGGCAACAGGCCUUGAUGCUUUUUCGAACUGCCUCGACCAAACGGGUUUUGCCCGAUCCAGCCUGCUGUGGCCUUCUGAUUGCCGAAUGUGAGCAAAGAGGUCUACAGUCCGUGGAGGAGGACAUCAUGUCCAGACUUCGCGAGCCUUCAGCUGUGGAAGAUGAUGUCCUUGUGACAGCUACAGCUGUUGCCAAUGAUAUAGCUGCCCGUAACCGACCCUCUGGGUCUGGAACGCCUGAAGGGAGAUGA